CUGAAGGAAAGGGGGAUAAUAAACAAAGAUGAAUUCAGAAUUAGAACAUCUUUCUUGCUAUUUUUCUUGCCUUAUCCUUUCUUUCCAGAUAGACAUUUCUUGUUCGUUUUUGCUGAUUUUUUUUAAUUGGGUUUCUCUGUUUCAGUGUUAACAAUGUAUGAACCAUAUGUGGAUUGAUGCCUAUAAAAAGCCAGCAGCAUCAUCAACCUCGUCACAAGAGGGCUAAGAGACCAACAUAAAUAGAAUGAGUUCUGUCACUUCACUUUGCUUCCUUUCUCUUUUCCUCUAUAUUGUUCCAGCUUUAACAUCUCCAACCUUACUGUUUCAGGGGUUCAACUGGGAGUCAUGUAACAAGGCAGGAGGAUGGUACAACUCUCUCAAGAACUCCAUCCCUGAUAUUGCUAAUGCCGGAGUUACUCACGUCUGGCUUCCUCCACCCUCUCAGUCAGUUGGACCUCAAGGAUAUCUUCCGGGAAGGCUUUAUGAUCUUGAUUCAUCUAAGUACGGAUCUCAGGCUGAAUUGAAGUCUCUAAUUGAAGCUUUCCAUCAAAAGGGAAUCAAAUGUUUAGCUGACAUAGUUAUAAACCAUAGAACUGCUGAGAGGAAAGAUGGAAGAGGAAUAUAUAGCAUUUUCGAAGGUGGAACUUCAGAUGAUCGUUUAGAUUGGGGGCCAUCCUUCAUUUGCGGGAAUGAUAAGGAGUAUUCAGAUGGCACAGGCAAUCCUGACACUGGACUGGAUUACCAGCCCGCUCCUGACAUUGACCAUCUCAAUCCGAGGGUGCAAAAUGAGUUAUCUGAUUGGAUGAACUGGUUAAAGACUGAAAUUGGUUUUGAUGGAUGGCGAUUUGAUUUUGUAAGAGGUUAUGCCCCAAGCAUUACCAAAAUCUACAUGGAACGAACUUUGCCAGAUUUUGCAGUUGGGGAGAAGUGGGAAGAUCUUUCUCUCGGGCAAAAUGGCCAAGAUUCACAUCGUGGAGCUCUCAAAGAUUGGGUUCAAGCUGCUGGUGGAGUUGUCAAAGCAUUUGAUUUUACAACCAAAGGUGUUCUACAAGCUGCUGUACGAGGUGAGUUGUGGCGGUUGAAGGGUUCAAAUGGAAAGCCACCGGGAAUGAUUGGACUUUUGCCUCAAAAUGCUGUUACGUUUAUCGAUAAUCAUGACACAGGGUCUACUCAAAGGCUUUGGCCUUUCCCCUCUGAUAAAGUCAUGCAGGGAUAUGCUUAUAUUCUCACGCAUCCCGGCACUCCAUCAAUAUUUUAUGAUCACUUUGUUGAUUGGGGCUUAAAGGGUGAGAUUACUAAAUUGGCAGUGAUAAGGAGUAAGAAUGGAAUUAGUGCCACGAGCACAGUGAAAAUUCUAGCCUCUGAUUCUGACCUCUAUGUAGCUGCAAUUGAUGAGAAAAUCAUUGUGAAGAUUGGCCCAAAGUUGGAUCUUGGGAACCUUGUACCUUCCAGUUACCAGCUUGCUACCUCAGGGAAAGACUAUGCAGUAUGGGCAAAGAAGUGAGACAGAAAUCAAUGUUCAAAUGGAAGUGUCACCAAAAGAUGUUCUAAAUGCUAUUAUUGGCUAAAUUUCUUGAGAGAUAUGUAUGAAUAUUAUUGAAAUAAAUAAAUGUCUAAUACUAGUACUUUCAUUUAACAACGUGAU